AUGGAAAAAAUCAAAAAGGCAUUAUCUAAAGAUCCUGGAGUAGAAAUCGAAAGCAAGAAAGUCAACGAUAUUGAAUCAGUUGAAGUGGACGUAUUAGUGGCAUCAAAAUCUCAAGAAUUUGACCCAGUUACUUCCAACCUUGAGAAAGUUAUUCUUGAUGACGACUAUGCUGCAGUCACUGUCGAAGAUGAUUCACCAUACGCUGAAGUCAGAGCAUCUGUUCCAAGUAGUGACGAUGCUGAAUUACCCCAGAAUACUAUUAGAAUGUGGGUUCUUGGUAUGAUUUUCAAUACUAUUGGUUCGGCUUUAAAUUUGUUGUUUUCUCUUCAUUCUCCACAAAUCAUUCUUACCACUCUUGUUACUUCACUUCUUGCUUGGCCCUUUGGUAUGGCAUGGGCUAAGUUCAUCCCUAAUAUUAAAAUAUUUGGUGCACCUUUGAAUCCUGGUCCAUUUAAUAUUAAGGAGCACACUCUUAUUGUUAUUAUGGCUAACGUCUCCUUUGGUGGUGGUGCUGCGUAUGCAACUGAUAUUUUGUUAUCCCAAAAUAAGUUUUACAACCAGGAUUUUGGAUGGGGGUUUGACUUGCUUGCAAUCUGGUCUACCCAAUGUAUUGGUUUUGCUUUAGGUGGUUUGGCUCGUAGAGUUUUGGUGAACCCUGCUUCUAUGAUCUGGCCACAGAAUUUAGUUACCGUUACGUUCUUAACUAAUUUACACAUCAACCAUAACCACAUCGCUGACGGCUGGAAAAUCUCAAGAUUAUAUUUCUUUGGCUUGAUUGGUAUCUGUUCAUUCCUUUGGUAUUGGUUCCCAAAUUAUAUUUUUCAAGCAUUAUCCUGGUUUGCAUUUCCUACUUGGAUUGCUCCAAAGAAUGUAAUUGUUAACCAAGUUUUCGGUGCUUCUACUGGGUUGGGAUUGAUUCCUAUUACGUUCGAUUGGAAUCAAAUUUCAGGUUAUAUCGGUUCUCCAUUAAUUCCACCAGCAAGUGCUAUUGCGACUAUUCUUUUAUCGAUGGUAACAAUUUUCUGGAUCGUGGUUCCUGCGAUACAUUAUUCUAAUACAUGGUAUGCACAAUAUUUGCCAAUUUCAAGUUCAGGAUCUUACGAUAGAUAUGGAAGCACCUAUAAUGUUUCAAGAAUUAUCAACAAAGCCACAUUAAGUUUCGAUAAAAAGAGUUAUGAAAGUUAUUCUCCUCUUUUCUUAUCAACCACAUUUGCUAUGUCAUAUGGUUUAUCCUUCGCAGCUAUGUUUGCAACAUUGAUGCAUACAGCUUUAUUCCAUGGUAAGGAUAUUAUUAGGCAAUUGAAGCAAAAGGAAAAACCAGACGUUCAUAUGAGAUUAAUGAAACAAAAUUAUAAAGAUGUACCUGAAUGGUGGUUCCUUGUCGUCUUCUUCAUUUUCUUCGCCCUUUCGAUAGUAACCAUCAGAUGUUGGAAUACAGAGAUGCCAGUCUUCGCAUUAAUUGUUGCUCUUUUGAUUGCAAUUCUCUUCUUACUUCCUGUUGGUAUUAUUUUCGCUUUGACUAAUAUUGGUGUUGGUUUAAAUGUUGUGACUGAAUUCAUUAUCGGAUAUAUGGUUCCAGGUAAACCAUUAGCAAUGAUGUUCUUCAAAACAUACGGAUACAUCACAAAUAACCAAGCAGUCACAUUCGUACAAGACAUGAAAUUGGGACAUUAUAUGAAGAUCGCACCACGUCUUUUAUUUACAGCACAAUUCGUCGCCAGUUUGUGGGGUUCCUUAGUUCAAGUUGCCACAUUAAAAUGGGCAUAUGGUAACAUCAAAGACUUAUGUCAGCCAGAUCAGGCAAACAACUACACUUGUCCAAACGGUAAAGUCUUUUUCAAUGCCAGUAUUAUCUGGGGUGUUAUUGGUCCUCAACGUCAAUUUUCGCAAGGCCAGAUUUAUUACGGCUUGUUAUUCUUCUUCGUUGUUGGUGCACUUUUGCCAGUCAUGAACUGGCUCAUCUUGAAAAAAUGGCCUAAUAGUCCUAUUAGAUGGUUGAACUGGCCAGUUUUCUUCUCUGGUACUGGUUACAUCCCUCCUGCAACUCCUUACAACUACUCAGCAUACUGUGCAGUUGGAUUGACCUUCGGAUACUGGAUCAAGAGAAGAUGGUUCCACUGGUGGUCCAAAUACAAUUAUUCCUUAUCUGCCGGUUUAGAUAUAGGUAUGGCUUGGUCCUCUGUUAUCAUCUUCUUGACCAUUUCUUUAACUAAUACUGCUGCACCAAAUUGGUGGGGAAAUAAUGUUCUCGAUUCCACAAUGGAUAUGCAAGGUACUGCCAUCAGACAUCCAUUAGCAGAAGGUGAAUCGUUUGGCCCUUCUUCAUGGUAA